GGGCCGCCGACAAGCGCCGCAAACUUCUGCGAAGAGGACUACGUGAUAACCAGAUAUCUCGCCGAGUUCGUCAACUCGCUGACCAACCUCAUCUACGGUACUUUGAUGCCCCUCAGAAUCCUGCCUUGUCUCUCACUGAUUCCUUUUCCCCCCAGUCUACCUAGCCCUCCGGUACGCAUGGACGCCACGGGUCCCGCAGAAUCCGCGCCAGGCGCCCGCGGGACCCGGCACUGGCACACGCGCCGCUUCGGCACCGGCCAAGGUGGCGCCAGGCUUCGACGCUAUGGCGGUGUCGCUAGUCGUGCUGGGGAUCACGUCGUUUGCGUUCCACGCCAGCCUGCUGCAGCCGGCGCAGUUCGCCGACGACAUGUCGAUGCUGAUCACGGCCGGCGCGCUGCUGCAGGGCGUGUACUGCGCCGCUGGUGGCGGGGUGCAGCGUCCGCCGCGGCAGCGCGCCGCCAUCUCCGCGGCUGUUUACGCCGUCGUCGCCGCCAUGGCCGCCGCGUACGUCCAGAGCGGCAAGAUCAUCGUGCACCUAGCCAUGUUCACCGCCAUGGUGCACGCCGUCUGGCCGCGCACUGUCUACCUCAUCUUCCGCCGCGCCGACGGGUCCGCGGCCGAGCGCAACCGGCUGUUCCGCAACUUCGGCGUGGCUAUUGCCUGGCUGCUAGUGGGCUUUGUGCUGUGGAAUGUCGAUCUCGAGCUGUGCCAUGGCCUACGCGGGUGGCGCGCCGUUGUCGGGCUCCCGUGGGCCUGGCUGCUGGAACUGCACGGCUGGUGGCACAUCAUGACGGGUAUUGGUGCGGCGAUGUACAUGGAUCUGAUUCGCGAGCUGGAGUAGGCCGCUUCCAGUUUCUGUCGGUAGGUCAGCUCGCCGUCGGUGGAUGGCAUUGGGUUGAUUUUAAAUCAGAUGUGGAGAGGUAUCUUCUCUGGCGAGAGACGGUGUAGUUUCUCGCAGUUGAACUUCGCCUUGAGUCCGACUAAGGGAACCUGUCUCAGAUGUCGAGCUGAGAUCUAAUUAAGGCGCUGAUAGUUUAAUUGCGCAAAUAAUUAAAUAAUAUCUCACUAUUGUGGACUCUGACAUACGAGGUUCAGGUUGACUUGAGCGGAAAAGACGUACUCGGUGUUGUUUGAACUAAUUCAAAUUAACUACUCUGUAGAUAACAAACAUAUCAUCGCCGCCCAUGUUUGAUUAUCGUGUUGUGAACAGUAGAAGAGAG